GUGCACCUGUGUUCCAAAGUCCGUUGGAGACAGACUGGUUUCCAAAUUGCAAGCUUUACCAGACGGCUGAUAUAAAGCACUCCUGGACAAUGUGUUGUUUUUAUUCGUGCAUUAUUCAAAGUCCUUCAGAUGCGACCUGGGAGCUGGAGAAUAGGCUGGGAGCAGCUUUUAGCACAUGCGAAGUCGCAUGUUGAGGAUCGCCAGGAAGCGAGCUCGAUGUUCUCUGAUCUGUAUCUGCUGCGUGGGGGCUGCUGCCUCUCCAGCUCACCGCCCCCCCCCCCGCCCUGCGGCUUGACAGCAGAAUGAGAAGCGCAGACCAAAGAGGGGAGGGAGGGGGGAAAGGCUGGCAUGGAGAGAGAGGGAGACCGAGACCUUUGCAGGAGGGAGGGAGGCGGCCCCAUCCCGGCCUCCCUCCACAUCUGGGCCACUCACGGCCUCCCUCCGCGGCGCGCCUCCUCCAAUGGGCGGCGCUGGUGCGAGGCCGCUCUCACUUUCUGCACAGGAAAAGCUCCCGGCGCAGCCAAUGGGCGCGCAGCUGCUGGCAUCUGGGGCGCCGCGCGGGCGGGAGAGCAAGCGAGCGGCGCAGCAGCGGAGCUGCCUGGAUCGCGGCUGCAGCAGGAGCAGCAGCGGGCGGGAGGAGCCGCCUCCGCCUCCGACACCGCCAGCGCACAAUGGAUGUAGCUGCCCCACUGGGAUGAAGCUGGCCAGCGCACCAUGCCAACAUGCGUCUCCAGCAGGCCUGCCACUGCCAAGAGGCUUGUUUCCCACAAUGAGCUUGGCAAGCAGCAGGAGGCUGCUGGCUUUCCGCACUGCUUGCAAGCCCUGAAGUCGACCCAGUUGGGCGAGAUGGAUUCCUUUGUGGUGGUGACGGAGUAUGACCCUGCUUCCAGGCCUUUGCAGGACAGGCGGGACGAGCAGGAGGAUGAGGAGCCCAUGGAGCCCUGUGAGGAGCAGCUGGUGGCGCAAGACCCCAGAGGAUUCGAAGAGGAGGCUUUUCCCGGAGGUGCUCUGGGGGGGCCCUUGCGAGAGACAAGGGAGCCUCGAAUCAAACUGAACCUUUCAAGUCGCAAACUCUCUCUCCAGGAAAGGUCACAGUCCGUCCAGUCUCCUGGUAAUGGCGAGGGCGUUAAUGGACGCUACAUUUAUCCUUCUCUUCCUUAUUCCCCGGUCACAUCUCCACACUCCUCGCCUCGUCUGCCCCGGAGGCCAACGAUAGAAUCCCACCGAGUUUCUAUCACAGGAUUGCAAGACUGUGUGCAGCUAAAUCAAUAUACGCUGAAAGAUGAAAUUGGAAAGGGCUCCUAUGGGGUUGUGAAGCUGGCAUACAAUGAAAAUGACAACACCUACUAUGCAAUGAAAGUGCUUUCCAAGAAGAAGCUGAUGAGGCAGGCGGGAUUUCCACGCCGCCCUCCUCCUCGUGGUGCCAAGCCCCCUCUAGAAGGCUUCUGCCAACCCAAAGGACCCAUUGAGCAGGUCUACCAAGAAAUCGCCAUCUUGAAAAAACUCGACCACCCAAACGUAGUGAAGUUAGUGGAGGUGCUAGAUGACCCCAGUGAAGACCACCUGUACAUGGUGUUUGAACUUGUGAAGAAAGGGCCUGUGAUGGAAGUCCCAAACCUGAAACCUCUGACUGAAGACCAGGCACGCUUCUAUUUCCAAGACCUGAUCAAAGGCAUUGAAUAUCUGCACUACCAAAAGAUAAUCCACCGGGAUAUUAAGCCUUCCAAUCUUUUAGUUGGGGAAGAUGGUCACAUCAAAAUAGCCGAUUUUGGCGUGAGCAAUGAAUUCAAAGGGACGGAUGCCCUGUUAACCAACACCGUGGGGACCCCAGCGUUCAUGGCACCUGAGACCCUCUCAGAGACCAGGAAAAUAUUUUCUGGAAAGGCUUUAGAUGUUUGGGCUAUGGGGAUCACUCUCUACUGCUUCGUCUUUGGGCAGUGCCCUUUUAUGGAUGAGAGGAUUUUGAGUUUGCACAGCAAAAUCAAGAGCCAGAUGCUGGAAUUUCCUGACCAGCCAGACAUUUCUGAUGAACUGAAAGAUCUGAUCAUGCAGAUGCUGGACAAGAAUCCCGAAUCCAGGAUCACAGUCCCAGAAAUUAAGAGCCUGUUCCCGUUGACAACCCUGCCGCUAUACUAUGGACCAGUUCCAGUUGUCAAAUGCGCUUCAGAGGCCCUGACAGCCUAUUACAAGAAAUUCAGUCUAGAAGCUACCAUGGUGCACCCCUGGGUCACCAAGAAUGGGGUGGAGCCAUUACCGACAGAGGACGAGAACUGCACACUCAUCGAAGUGACCGAAGAAGAGGUUGAGAAUUCGGUUAAGCACAUCCCAAGCUUGGCCACUGUGAUCCUGGUAAAAUCAAUGAUCAGGAAAAGAUCUUUUGGGAACCCGUUUGAGGGAAGUAGAAGAGAAGAGCGAUCCCUUUCUGCGCCAGGGAAUCUGUUGACGAAGCAAAGCAGCGAAGACAACCUUAGGGGCAUCAGUGACCUGCCAAAUGUGGGUGAGAACGAACUGCUUUCCUGAAAACUGCCAUUCUGUUGGAGUGCGCCCUCUGGUCCCACCCCCGACUCCGUUACAAAGCAUGUGUCCAUGGAGGGAGAAACCCGUGGAGCCCAGGGCGAUCCAACCAGCAUUCUGUGAGGCUGGGAACCAUAUAGAUGCUGAAUGUAGAGCUUUUUGUGGCAGCAUGCUUUACAAAACAGAAUCCGUCCAGCCUCCGUAAAUAAGGACCAUCACAACAGGAUCAGGUCUGAUUACCAAAAUACGAGGACCUCAAACUGGCCUGCUGCUGGACUUCAUCUGAAUAGAGCGAUGUGAGAGCUCAUCAUACAGAUUUUGCGAAAAUCAACCAAACCACAUUUAGGGUGGGGAGAAACUCCCAGGUCAAAUAUUUCAUGAAGAAAAUGGUCCGUAUUUUAAAAGCGUCUUGAAAAUGGGCAGCUAAGUGUGAUGCUUUUGAUCAAGCGGAGAUUGUGUUUGCAUCCUUCCAGUAACAUACAUCUUUCUCUUUUUUUUGUUUGGUGUUUACUAUACAUACAUUUUUUUGUAUUGAUAUUUUUUACUGCAUGGAAACCAAACAGAAAUGCCACAUCAGGUUUUUUUGCUUUUGUGAUUAGAGAUUAUUCACAGCUACAUUUGAGAGUGGUUUGCCUUGAUUUCAUUUGACCAUCCUCAAGACCAUAGCAGUGGUGUAGUUUGUGGGAAUUUGAGUGCUCCAGACAUACAAGGCGGGGAGAGCCCUUUCUUUUCUUUUUGAAGGGCUGUAUGUGCCAGAAGAACCCAUAGAGAGCUUGACUUCAGUACAAUCGUGCUCAAGCACAAAUUUGAGUGAAAACGAUAUUGUAUCUAGCUGAUGAAGUGAUAACAAGAAUUUCCUGCUAGCAGUUUUACUUGAUCUCUGUUAUCUAUAUGCGCAUGUACAAAAAAUAAUAUUAAUCAGGAUUUUUAAAACAAUAAUUAUAAUCCAACACUUCCUGUUAUGUAACAUGGUUUAAUACAUUUUAACAGAAUAACA